GUUUAUCAAUCUCAUCAACUCAAAUCAAAACACAACUUAAUUUCCUUGUGAAAACAAAGCAAAUUAGAGCAAAUUAACACAAUGGCUGCUUCCAUCAACUGCUCAAUUAUUUUCGUGAUUGUAGCAUUAUUGUCCUUAUCAAGCAUAUCGACAAGUCAAGCUGCUCGUAGCCUACUGCAACUUCCCAACUUGCCUACGAUCCCCUCGCUGCCUAAGCCAACAAUGCCACAAUUGCCAAAUUUUCCCAACUUGCCCGCAACAUUGCCACCAUUGCCAAGUGUAACAUCUCUGCCAACACUUCCAACAACUAAUUCACCUUUACCUUCUUUGCCUACAUUGCCCUCUGUUCCGAAAAUGACUCUGCCUCCAAUGCCCGCAAAUCCUCUUCCCAACAUGCCAUCACUUCCCAAUAUUCCUACAAUUCCAACACUUUCACCUCCUCCAUCCAACUAAUCUUGCACCUUCCAACGGCGUGAUUUUUUACCUUUUUUACUCUUCUGGUCUCUACCGCGUUUUUUUGUUUGUUGUUGCUGUUGUAAUUUUAGUCUUUUAUGUGAUUCUAGACGAUGUACUGUAUCAUUUAUAUACUUCUGAGUUCUAUACAUUGAUUGUCAUUUGUGUUAAUCCAAUGCAGUGUCUAUUAUUGAUUCAUCUGUAUUUGUCCAAUGUAUUUUCCUGAUACGUGAAGAUCAACGUAUGUACAUUUUUUUCCAAACAAAUUUCAUCA